AUGGCUGUGCUGCCCAGGCCUCUACAGCUGCUGGGAGUGCUGUUCACCAUUUCCCUGAGCUCCUUCAGGCUCACUCAGGCUGGUGCCUAUUAUGGAAUCAAGCCGCUGCCACCUCAAAUUCCUCCUCAGAUACCACCGCAAAUUCCACAAUACCAGCCCCUAGGCCAGCAAGUACCUCACAUGCCUUUGGGCAAAGAUGGCCUUUCCAUGGGCAAGGAGAUGCCUCACAUGCAGUAUGGCAAGGAGUACCCACACCUACCCCAGUAUAUGAAGGAGAUCCAACCUGUGCCAAGAAUGGGCAAAGAAGUGGUACCCAAGAAAGGCAAAGGAGAAAUACCGUUAGCCAGUUUGCGAGGAGAACAAGGUCCCCGUGGAGAACCCGGACCAAGAGGACCACCUGGGCCACCAGGUUUGCCAGGCCAUGGAAUGCCUGGCAUCAAAGGAAAACCAGGGCCGCAGGGAUAUCCAGGGAUUGGGAAGCCGGGUAUGCCUGGAAUGCCUGGGAAGCCAGGAGCCAUGGGAAUGCCUGGAGCAAAAGGCGAAAUUGGACCCAAAGGUGAAAUCGGUCCUAUGGGAAUCCCAGGACCACAAGGACCUCCAGGGCCUCAUGGACUUCCUGGCAUCGGGAAACCGGGUGGGCCAGGGUUACCAGGGCAACCAGGAGCAAAAGGUGAGAGAGGGCCCAAAGGACCACCAGGACCUCCUGGUCUUCAGGGUCCCAAAGGAGAGAAGGGCUUCGGGAUGCCAGGCUUGCCAGGUCUGAAGGGUCCUCCAGGUAUGCAUGGCCCUCCCGGCCCAGUUGGGCUGCCAGGAGUAGGAAAACCAGGAGUGACAGGUUUCCCUGGACCCCAGGGUCCCCUGGGGAAGCCAGGCCCUCCAGGGGAACCUGGACCACAAGGUCUUACUGGUGUACCGGGAGUUCAGGGACCUCCUGGGAUGCCUGGAGUUGGAAAGCCCGGCCAGGAUGGGAUCCCUGGCCAGCCAGGAUUUCCAGGUGGUAAAGGGGAACAAGGACUGCCAGGGUUGCCUGGACCCCCAGGCCUCCCAGGGGUCGGAAAGCCAGGAUUCCCAGGACCCAAAGGGGACCGGGGCAUCGGGGGUGUUCCUGGAGCUCUUGGGCCAAGAGGGGAAAAAGGACCAGUAGGUGCUCCUGGAAUGGGGGGUCCCCCUGGAGAGCCUGGCCUACCUGGAAUCCCAGGUCCCAUGGGCCCUCCGGGUGCUAUUGGUUUCCCUGGACCCAAAGGAGAAGGUGGGGUUGUAGGACCACAGGGUCCACCAGGUCCCAAGGGUGAGCCAGGCCUCCAAGGCUUCCCUGGGAAGCCGGGUUUUCUUGGUGAAGUAGGUCCCCCUGGCAUGAGGGGUUUGCCUGGUCCUAUAGGACCCAAGGGGGAAGCUGGUCACAAAGGGUUGCCAGGGCUUCCUGGAGUUCCAGGGCUGCUUGGACCCAAGGGAGAACCAGGCAUACCCGGGGAUCAGGGUCUACAGGGGCCCCCAGGGAUUCCAGGGAUUGUAGGACCGAGUGGCCCUAUUGGACCACCUGGGAUUCCGGGCCCCAAAGGAGAACCAGGCCUCCCAGGGCCCCCUGGAUUUCCCGGUGUAGGGAAACCAGGAGUAGCAGGACUUCAUGGUCCCCCGGGGAAACCUGGUGCCCUUGGGCCUCAAGGCCAACCUGGCCUUCCUGGGCCCCCAGGCCCUCCAGGGCCCCCAGGACCCCCAGCUGUGAUGCCCCCUACCCCGCCACCCCAGGGAGAGUAUCUGCCAGAUAUGGGACUAGGAAUUGAUGGAGUGAAACCUCCACAUGCCUAUGCGGGCAAGAAGGGCAAGAACGGGGGCCCAGCUUAUGAGAUGCCUGCGUUUACUGCAGAGCUGACUGCACCUUUCCCACCGGUGGGGGCCCCAGUGAAGUUUGACAAGCUGCUGUACAACGGCAGACAGAACUACAACCCGCAGACGGGCGUCUUCACCUGUGAAGUCCCGGGUGUCUACUACUUUGCUUACCACGUUCACUGCAAGGGAGGCAACGUGUGGGUUGCUCUCUUCAAGAACAACGAGCCCAUGAUGUACACAUAUGACGAGUACAAGAAGGGCUUUCUGGACCAGGCAUCUGGGAGUGCAGUACUGCUGCUCCGGCCGGGAGACCGGGUGUUCCUCCAAAUGCCCUCAGAACAGGCUGCCGGACUCUACGCCGGACAAUAUGUCCACUCCUCCUUUUCAGGAUAUUUAUUGUAUCCCGUGUAAAACAAAGAAAAGAAAAGAAGAACAAGAGAGAUUUAAUAGAAGAAAAGAAAAUGACAUUUUAAAAAAAAACCAAUUGAAAACAAUGCUUCAAAACACUUAUGUAGUUGGAAAGUUAUAUUUAAGUGAAAGUUUGGACCAUCAUGUACAAAUAAAAACUAAGAUGCAUGUUUAAUACUGUACACAGCAGAUUGUACCAGGAUGAUGGGACAGAUUUAUGGAUGAAAUACAGAUGCCUGUGUUGUACCCACUGGACUCAUAUUAGCUGUUGCAUGUUAUAUGAUUUCAUAACCUGCUUAUUCAAAUCAGUCAAAAUAUGUCAGUCUGAAAGGUCAUAGCUAGUGAAAGUCACACAUUCCUUGUGCUCCCUUUAAAAAAAUGUUUGUUUU